AUGCAAAGCAGGCUUUACAGCAGCAGCAACAACAACAGUGGCAGUGGCAGUGCGGCGGCGGCACCCGGCCAGGAGCCUCGAGACAAGCCCUACUAUGUCACGACACCCAUCUUCUACGUCAAUGCCGCACCUCAUGUCGGCCACCUGUACAGCAUGGUGCUCGCCGACGUCCUCAAGCGCUGGCAAGUGCUCAAGGGCGAGCCCGCCAUCCUCUGCACAGGCACCGACGAGCACGGCAUGAAGGUGCAGCAAGCCGCCCAGCAGCAGAACAUGCUGCCCAAAGCCCUCUGCGACGUCAACAGCCAGACUUUUCGCGACCUCGCCGUCACGGCCAAGCUCGACAACGACCACUUUGUACGAACCACCGACCCGGACCACCGCGCUGCCGUGCAGUACUUUUGGGAAAGACUAGUCGACAGUGGGUACAUCUACGAGAAAACGCACGCGGGCUACUACUGCGUCUCCGACGAGACCUUCUACCCAGAGGAUUUGGUCGCCUUGCACCACGAUGGCAUGACCGGCAAGGUCCAGCAUGUCUCGACCGAGACUGGCAACGUCGUAGAAUGGACAGAGGAGCGCAACUACUACUUUCGUCUGACUGCCUUGCGCGAACGGCUGCUCGAGUUCUUCGCGCAAAACCCAGAGUGGGUAACGCCGCCCUCGAGGAUGGCCGAGGUCGUAGAAUGGGUCAAGAACCACCUCGAGGACCUGUCCGUAUCCCGGCCACUCAGCCGUCUGGACUGGGGUAUCCCCGUGCCUGGCGACGAAAGCCAGACGAUAUAUGUCUGGGUUGAUGCACUGGUCAACUACCUCACUAUGGCGGGCUAUCCAUUAUUGCCUCCCGGCGAGGAACACAAGGGCGGCUGGCCGGCGGACGUGCAUGUGGUGGGCAAGGACAUUGUGCGUUUCCACUGUGUGUACUGGCCAGCUCUUCUCAUGGCUGUAGGGCUGCCACUGCCCAAACGUGUGCUCAGCCACGGCCACUGGCUCAUGGACAACCGCAAGAUGUCCAAGUCUGUCGGAAAUGUCGUUAAUCCGUUCUUUGCGAUUGAGCGCUACGGACUCGACACGAUCCGCUACUUCCUGAUGCUCCGGGGCACGAUAACGCACGAUCCGGACUACAGUAACCUCCACAUCGUCCAGGCGUACAAGAAGGGGCUUCAGACGGGCCUAGGCAACUUGGUCAGCAGACUCACUAAGGGCAGAGCUUGGAGCGUGCGAACUGCUGUGCAAAACAGACAACCGCACGGCCUCACAGAUGCGGAGCCUUCCGGAUCGCUGUACCGAGUGCAGUGGCAGCACGCCGAAAGCAUCCGCGGGAUCGCUGAGGAGCACAUGGUCGCCCUGGCACCCCCCACGGCACUCCGGCGCAUCAUGGACGUGAUUUUCGAGACAAACAAAUACAUGGCCCACACGGAGCCGUGGGCGCUAGCCAAGGAUGGCAAUAUUGAGGAGACCGAAAAGGUCAUCUACCUGAUCGCGGAGUCGGUGCGGAUAGCCGCCAUUCUCUUGCAGCCCUUCAUUCCCGACAAGGCCGUCGAGAUCCUCGACAGGCUAGGUGUCAGAGCUGACCGGCGCGGUUUCGAAUACGCCCAGAUCCGUGCGGACGAUGCUUAUGGCAUGGACUCUGCCGACCGCAAAGGAGACGAGGCGCUCUUCCCGCCCUUGCCGAUCGAGGACUGA